AUGUCAACACCAAAGGAAGUGUUGAAAGUCUCACCAAAACUUUAUGGAUGUUGUAAAGGUAUAACAGACCCUUCACAACUUCUCCUUCAUCGAAUUAUGGAACAUUCAAAUAUUGACAGACAACAGUAUAUCCUUCCGACAGUACCUCCAGAAAAAUCAUUUUCGAAUGACGACGUAUCUCCACCGAUUCCUGGCGUUAUUUUAGACACGUUAAAUUACUUUCCGGAGUUGAUUAUAGCGGACUGUUAUGGGAAUCGGUCGCACACCGUAGUUGAACUUAUGAUUGAUUCCGACGACAAAGAAGAAGUUAAGCAGAAUUUCAAAGACCUUUUUGUCGAUAUGAGUACCGUUGAAAGCGAGUCUCGAUUAACAUUGAACGACGAGAAAUUCACAUUUGUGUUAUUUGAUUAUGAAGAGAAGCGAGCGGAAAUGUGGAAGUUCUUCUCUUCACUUAUUAAGAAAAGUCGGGAGGUCGACCUUCUUCGUACGAACAUUUUGUCUGUUCUCACUCUCAAUGGGUUUGAAAAUCCAUCUUUUUAUAGUACCUGUUUUGUUCUUAAUUUUUUGUUCACAGAAGGUUUUCUGAGAAGUUCUUGUCAACACUUUGGAUCGUCCACUCAUAUUUGUUCGUCGUGUUUAGAAACUAUUGCAAAACAUAUCACUCAAGUCGGGCAGAUUCGUUUCGACGUGGAUUUCUUAACGUUUUAUAUUAAUUCUAUUAAUAAUACGAAUUAUAAACCAACUAAAAAUGACAUCUCUCCAUUCGAACUUUUUGUGAAAAACACGUUUUGUCAUUUGGAGACAGAAAAGAAAAAUGAAAUCCAAAAUUACUUUGCAAUGGAACUCUUCUCUUUUUAUAACGGACAACCACUCACAAAAACAAAUACUUUGUGUUUUUAUAAUCUCCCAAUUAACUCAUCGUUGGACUUGUUUUUGAAUUUGACUAAUGGACUUCAAAAAACUCUGAUGCUCUUUUAUAACACAGCACUUUUUGGGGCGAAGAAAGGACUUUCGUUUUGUUUCAUCAAAUUUUCAAUGAGGGAAGACAUGGGCAUAGUUAUUAAUAGAAUUAAACAGUCUAAUGGCGGGAUACAACAAAUUGAUUGGAUUCAAUUCAACGACGGGAUUUUUAAAAAGAGAUUGAACGGCGCUUUAUUCUUCAAUUCCGCACGAGAGAUGAUUUAUUGA